GUAGUUUGCAUUUUAUCUGACAUCAUAUAGAAAAAUGCCUCGCACUAAGAUAUUUACACGUCGACAGGCUCAGCGCCAGAAUGCCGAACGCGAAGAAAAAGUGCGUGUGGCCCAAAUUAAGUUGGAUGCAGCUCUGGAGCAGAUCGAUGAUAUAUGCAAGCGCUACCAGCAAGAUGUCGAUAACCAAAUAAAGCUGCUCCGUGGUAGGAUUGACCAAAAACUACUGGAAAUGAAGUUGUCAGAUUUCGCUGCUCUAAAAAUUAAGACUUUCGCUGAGCAUCAGUGGACAGUUCCCAAGCCACCCACAACACGAAGCCUCUCCAUCAGUAGCCAGCGCAGUCGAGCUCGAACUCCCCAGAAUUCCCAAUUACCGCGGCUACAGACACAAUCAGUGGAUAGGGCUCUUGAUGGGAAUACCAUGAGUUUUGUGCGAUGGCCACGAGUCGGGGAGACAGUGCUGUCAAAGGCGGGAAGCCCUCUGGCCGUUCAGUUACAGCCAGAUCGCUGUGCCGACGUGCACAUUCCGACCAAAAGGGGUGUCAUCACCGUCAAGCCACACAAGAUAAAGACCGUGAAGCGAGAAGUUCUGAUGGAGUUGGACGAGAACACCCUUAACCAGGUGAAGACACUGAAUGCCAAUCUUGGAUUGAUUGUGGAAAUGGCCGCCAAAAUGUCAAAACCUGAAACCCCAAGAACUUUCCGAGAAAAGACAAAAAUGAGAGCACUAAACUUAAAUGAAACAAUCGUUAAUAUUUUAUUUAGAGUUUUUCAUUUUCAAUGAUUUUGUUCAGAUGAUAAAUA